AUGUCCCGGGCCUACAAGACGGGCCCUCCUGCAGAAUUGGCCUACAAGACGGGCCCUCCUGCAGAAUUGGCCUACAAGACGGGCCCUCCUGUAGAAGUGGCCUACAAGACGGGCCCUCCUGUAGAAGUGGCCUACAAGACGGGCCCUCCUGUAGAAGUGGCCUACAAGACGGGCCCUCCUGUAGAAGUGGCCUACAAGACUGGCCCUCCUGUAGAAGUGGCCUACAAGACGGGCCCUCCUGCAGAAGUGGCCUACAAGACGGGCCCUCCUGCAGAAGUGGCCUACAAGACGGACCCUCCUGCAGAAGUGGCCUACAAGACGGGCCCUCCUGCAGAAGUGGCCUACAAGACGGGCCCUCCUGCAGAAGUGGCCUACAAGACGGGCCCUCCUGUAGAAGUGGCCUACAAGACUGGCCCUCCUGUAGAAGUGGCCUACAAGACGGGCCCUCCUGCAGAAGUGGCCUACAAGACUGGCCCUCCUGCAGAAGUGGCCUACAAGACUGGCCCUCCUGCAGAAGUGGCCUACAAGACGGGCCCUCCUGCAGAAGUGGCCUACAAGACGGGCCCUCCUGUAGAAGUGGCCUACAAGACGGGCCCUCCUGUAGAAGUGGCCUACAAGACGGGCCCUCCUGUAGAAGUGGCCUACAAGACGGGCCCUCCUGUAGAAGUGGCCUACAAGACGGGCCCUCCUGUAGAAGUGGCCUACAAGACGGGCCCUCCUGCAGAAGUGGCCUACAAGACGGGCCCUCCUGCAGAAGUGGCCUACAAGACGGGCCCUCCUGCAGAAGUGGCCUACAAGACGGAAGUGGCCUACAAGACGGGCCCUCCUGCAGAAGUGGCCUACAAGACGGGCCCUCCUGCAGAAGUGGCCUACAAGACGGGCCCUCCUGUAGAAGUGGCCUACAAGACGGGCCCUCCUGCAGAAGUGGCCUACAAGACGGGCCCUCCUGCAGAAGUGGCCUACAAGACGGGCCCUCCUGCAGAAGUGGCCUACAAGACGGGCCCUCCUGCAGAAGUGGCCUACAAGACGGGCCCUCCUGCAGAAGUGGCCUACAAGACGGGCCCUCCUGCAGAAGUGGCCUACAAGACGGGCCCUCCUGCAGAAGUGGCCUACAAGACGGGCCCUCCUGCAGAAGUGGCCUACAAGACGGGCCCUCCUGCAGAAGUGGCCUACAAGACGGGCCCUCCUGCAGAAGUGGCCUACAAGACGGGCCCUCCUGCAGAAGUGGCCUACAAGACGGGCCCUCCUGCAGAAGUGGCCUACAAGACGGGCCCUCCUGCAGAAGUGGCCUACAAGACGGGCCCUCCUGCAGAAGUGGCCUAG